CCGUCCCGGAAACACGAUUUGUUCCGCGCAUGCGCGAAACUGACGUCACUCCCUGUUAUCGGCGACGUUUUACGACAGUCUUCUCGACCUGGGACCAGCUCGGAAUCUGGCAGGGGUGCAUUUCUCGGCAUUACACCUGUUCCGGGCGUCUUCGAAUUUUAUCAUCAAAGACACAUUGCAAGCUUCAUUGACCCAGGAUCCUGGACUGAAAAAACAGGAAGAGACCUUGAGUUUUUUCCUCAACAGUCCAGUGGGGAUUCUUGUGGUGUCUACAUGCUGAUGUAUGCUCUCAGCAUCUGCACAUCAUGUCCCUUAACAUUCACAGAGGAGGAGGUGCCAUUGAUUCGCCAGUGGUGGUGCAUUAACCUCAUGGAAAGAUUUUGCCUAGAAGGGCAUGGACAGAGGUUUGCAUACUGGACCGAAGAAGCAUCCCAACUCCUUCAGGGGAUCGUUGAGCCUGUGUUUAGGGUGUCGAAAUUCACCACCACCAAACUGUCACCCAGCAGAAGAGUUGUGGAUGACAAGGACAUUGAUAAGGUGCAGCAGCCAACCAUUGUCCGAUACCUAAAUACAGCGUGGUACUGGGUACAGAAUCACAGACACUUAUUCCGUGGGGAGGUGACAGAGCCUGCCUUUUUGCAGAUGAACAGGGGUGAUCAACAAAAUGCCAUCAAGAACCUCUUGGGGGGUCAAUUCUCUGAGGCGAAGGAUGCCUUUUUGUUUAUCUUUCAUUACCAAGAAGACAUGGAAACAUUUUUGUCGUACUGUGUUGAUGACCAAGGCCUAAAGGUCAAUGCUAUGUUCUACAAAGAGAAAUGUAGUGUGUGAGUGUGUGUGCGCGUGUGUGAGUGAGUGAGUGUGCGUGAGAGAGAGUGUGCGCGUGUGUGUGUGUGUGCGUGUGUGUGAGUGAGAG